UUAAAAAAUAUAUUCAAAAACAGACUGAGAAAUUGUUGAUAUAUUUGUCAUACAGAAAUUAAAGAAAAGAACAUUUCAAAAUGUCUGCUUCAAGAAACGCAAAACCUACAAUUUCUCAAGAGUUUUUAAUAAUGCGAUCGAAAUACGAAUUGAGAGUAAACCAAUUAGAACGCGAUGUCUACCGCAUUUUGAAAAAAGUUUAUAGGUCGGAAGAUCUAAGUAGCAGUUCUUCAUCGAAAAACCACUCGGAAACGGAAAAAUAUGUGCAUUGGGAGUAUGAUUUGCGAGAUUUUCCCUUGGGGAACAUUGCCAUUAAACUAAAGGAUCAGCAUGUUUAUCUUCAGGCAUUUAGAAGAAGCCGCGGAAAAGAUCUGGAAAUCAAAAGAGAAAUUUUGAUGCCCUGAAAUGUGGACAAGUCCAAAAUAACUGCUAUAUUGACAACCCGCGGUAUUCUAACAUUCUCCGCGCCAAUUGUAAUACCCUUAACGGACGACCAGAAGUUUAUGUUUUGAAUAUUGUUUUUAAAUAUUAUAAAAAUAACCUGUAAUAUAUUUUUAUAAUAUUGAUUUGAUUUUUAUGGUUCUGUAGUUCAGCAGAA